UCUCCACAGGUGCAAGCAGCUCAGGAUGUCCACCCACCUCCUCCUCCUCCUCCUCCACCUCCUCCUCCUCCUCCUCCUCCACUGCCCAGGGCUUCUCCCUCGCUGAGCCAGCCAUGACCAGCCAGCACACACACACACACCCCUCCUUCAGCUCCAUUCACUCCAUGGCCGAGCAGCAGCAGGUGCUGUCUGAUAUGACCAUACUCCAGCGGAGGAUCCCCCCUAGUUUCAGAGACCCUGCCAGCGCCCCCUUGAGGAAACUCUCAGUUGACCUUAUCAAAACUUACAAGCACAUCAAUGAGGUAUACUAUACGAAGAAGAAGCGGCGGGCCCAGCAAGUCCCUCCUGAGGAUAGCAGCACGAAAAAGGAAAAAAAAGUUUACAACGAUGGCUAUGAUGAUGACAACUACGACUACAUAGUCAAAAACGGAGAAAAGUGGCUGGACCGCUAUGAGAUCGACUCACUGAUUGGGAAGGGCUCUUUUGGACAGGUAGUGAAGGCCUACGACCACCAUGAGCAGGAGUGGGUUGCCAUUAAAAUCAUCAAGAACAAAAAGGCAUUUCUAAACCAGGCACAGAUUGAAUUACGCCUGCUGGAGCUCAUGAACAAGCAUGACACCGAAAUGAAAUAUUACAUUGUCCACCUGAAGCGUCACUUUAUGUUUAGGAACCAUCUGUGUUUGGUGUUUGAGUUGUUGAGCUACAACCUGUAUGAUCUCCUGAGAAACACCAACUUCAGAGGAGUUUCCCUCAACCUCACCAGGAAAUUUGCACAGCAGCUCUGUACAGCAUUAUUAUUCCUGGCUACUCCAGAGCUGUCAAUCAUCCACUGCGACCUGAAACCAGAGAAUAUCCUUCUGUGUAACCCCAAAAGAUCUGCAAUCAAAAUAGUUGACUUUGGAUCCUCCUGCCAGCUGGGACAGAGGAUCUAUCAGUACAUACAGAGUAGAUUUUACCGGUCUCCUGAGGUUCUUUUGGGAAUGCCAUAUGACCUGGCUAUCGACAUGUGGUCCCUCGGGUGCAUCCUUGUAGAGAUGCACACAGGAGAGCCUCUCUUCAGUGGCUCCAAUGAGGUUGAUCAGAUGAAUAAGAUAGUGGAGGUCUUGGGGGUUCCACCUAGCCACAUGCUGGAUGCAGCUCCUAAAGCCAGGAAGUAUUUUGACAAGCUAUCAGAUGGCUUAUGGACGGUGAAGAAGAACAAGGAUGUCAAGAAGGAAUACAAGCCCCCAGCUACACGGCGUCUUCAUGAGAUUUUAGGUGUAGAGACUGGGGGCCCAGGGGGGCGGAGGGCAGGGGAGCCAGGGCAUGCCCCCUGUGACUACCUGAAGUUUAAAGAUUUGAUCUUGCGCAUGCUGGACUAUGACCCUAAGAGCCGAAUCACACCAUUUUACGCCCUGCAGCACAAUUUCUUUAAGAAAACGACAGAUGAAGGAACCAACACAAGCUCAUCUACAUCCACCUCUCCUGCCAUGGACCACUCACAUUCAACAUCCACUACUAGCUCUGUUUCUAGCUCUGGUGGCUCCAGUGGUUCUUCCAAUGACAACCGUAACUACCGUUACAGCAACCGCUACUACAACUCUGCUGUCACCCACUCAGACUAUGAGAUGACCAGUCCUCAGGCUCCAUCCCAACAGCAGAUGAGGAUGUGGCCAGGCAGUGAUGGUGGAAGUGGGGUUCAGGACCCAGCAUACACCCAGUUGCUGCUCCACAAACCAGCUGCAACCCAACAACACCAGCGGCACUUUUUGGAUCCGCCCCACCACCCACACCCGACUUACUCUCACCAUGGAAACGGUGGGCGUGGACUACGGCAGGGCGGACAGACAGGCAUGGGUGGAGGCGGGGGUCAGCAGGGAUCCUCUCCCCAGAUGAGUGACAGCAUGGAUGUGGGCGUGUCCCUAGGGCUGCACCACCUGGGGGCGGUGUCUUCCAUGGAGGCCUCUCAGUUUGGCUCUGCAUCUCUGCCCCUCGCUUUGCCAAUCGGACUGUCUGCCUUCCGGACUCGGACGGCCCCCACCGCCCCAGGGCCACAAGCCCCGCCCCCAGAGGACUACUACCCUGCCUCCAACAACAAUAACCCCUCUGCGGGGGCCAGAGGGAGGCCAGACUCAGACGAAGGGCCAGCCAACUCUUGAUAAAACCUGAACCAUGCCCUAAAGCCAUACAAUUUUAACUACAACUACUACAAUUACACACAUACAGCCAGAGUUCAGAGACAAACAGGUGAAUUUUGAGCUGGAGGAGACAAUUUCUUCUGCAUGAGAGGAGGAGAAAGGAGGAGAAGGAUGCUGGGAAUACUUUUCCUUUUAUCCUGUUUUUGUUGUCGUUAUGACUGCAAUUUGAAAGGAAGGAUUGACGUGUGUUUUAACAGAUAUUCUUGAUUAAUAUUAUUUGAUUUUUCCAAGGUUUGAGGAGUUGUGUGUUCUGUUUUGUUGUUUAAGUCUGGAGAGGCGCAGGAGGAUGAAGAGGGGCCUUGUUUUGCCACUCUGCUCCACACUGAGGCUGGAGCAUUGUUUUUCACACAAUUCUGUAUUCAGAUGUACAUACCCUGUACAUCAGCAGCCUUAACACACACACACACACACACACACACACACACACACACACACACACACACACACACACACACACACACACACACACACACCUGUUUCUAUCAUCUGGAAAAUGCCCCACCUGGAGACCAUAAACAUCCUUGCAUUAUAA